AGCGGAAGUGAUAGGUUGUGCGCUAGGUUCCGGGUUCCGUGCAGGUUCCCAUGGCUGCGGACGGAGGAUCGGACUCAACCGAGCCUCCUGGCUCUGAGACAGUGCUGGACGCCGUGCUGCGGAGCCUCUACGACCUGGGAGAGACAGAAGGUGAAACAGAGCAGAAAAAGAUCAGAAAGAAGAGAGAAAAGAAGAGAAGAGACGCAGAGACACAAGCAGAUGUGGCGGCAGACCCAAUUCCCUUGCCUGCAUCUCUUGUAGGAGGCCAGAAGAAGAGCGCUUCCAGCUUUUUCAAGGAGCUCAGAGAAGAGCUGGAGUCUGUCCCUGCUGGCCCCUCAGAAGUCCCUGCUGCCACUGCAGUCUCGCUCCCUCCCCUGAAGAGCAACAGCAAGCUAGUAGAAGUGGUCGAGUUUCAAAGCAAAAGGAAAAAAAGGAAACUACAGUCAGAUGAAGAUGAGCAUGCACAGACUAAAACAAGGGCCCUUGAAAAAGCUGUGGCUAUUCAAGAAUUUAACCUGGAAAAGGCUCGCUUGGAAGUGCAUCGCUUUGGGAUCACCGGCUAUGGCAAAGGAAAAGAACGAGUCCUGGAGCGGGAGCGGGCCAUCAUGCUCGGGGCUAAGCCUCCCAAAAACAGUUAUGUGAAUUACAAGGUUUUGCAGAAGCAAAUUAAAGAGAAAAAGGCAGCAUUGGAAGAAGAAAAGAGAGUGGCCCGGGACACAGACAUAUUCAAGAGAAAGAAGAGGAAAGGGAAAGGACAGGAAGACAGGAGAUCCAAGAAGUCGGCUCCCAGCAUUUUGUCAAGCAGCCGGGCUGGACAAGUUGGAAAAUUCAGAAACGGGACGUUGAUUCUAAGCCCCACUGACAUCAAGAAAAUAAAUUCUUCUAGGGUAGCUAAAUGAAGUACUCUGUGGGCUCCAGAGAAGAGUGGGAACAGUGACAGAGGACCCUGAAAGCCCUGCAGGCUGCUCUGUCAUGUUCACAGGGUCUUCUUCACUUUGGAGCAAGCCUGGUGAGCAGGGCAAGGACCACACUGAAUGCUGGGCCGGAGCCCAGGCUCCACUCCAUGUGCUGUGGAGGUAGCAGUGUUGGUGCCCUGCUGCACGCCGGGCCGCACUCGGCCUCCUGCUGCUUUUGGCUGCUGGUAUCGGCACACCUGGUCAUGGUCUACUUUUUCAUAAUUUUUACUGUCUCAUAAGUAUGUGUGAAUGACAUUAAAGUGCCUUUUGGACUCAUGAAAGAACUAAGAA